UUCGCUAUAUAUACCCCAGCGGCUGAACUCUACCUGGUUCCUUCUUGGGUCCAUUACCUGCGCUGGGAGCGCUGAUCAUGGCUCCCUGGCCUGAGCUGGAAAAUGCCCAGCCCGACCCCAAUAAAUACAUGGAAGGGGACACCAGCCAGCAGUCCACCACACCCGGGAAAGGCAAGGACACUAGCCAAAAUGACAGCGGGACCCCAGUCACCAAGAUCGAGCUUCUGCCGUCCUAUUCCACCGUGGCACUGAUAGAGGAACCCACAGCAGUAGAAGACCCCUGGGACCUGCCCGAGCUCCGGGACACGGGGAUCAAGUGGUCAGAGAGAGACACCAAAGGGAAGAUUCUCUGUGUCUUCCAAGGAAUUGGGAAAUUUAUUUUGCUUCUGGCAUUUCUCUACUUCUUCGUGUGCUCGCUGGAUGUCCUCAGCAGUGCCUUCCAGCUGGUUGGAGGAAAGGUGGCCGGGCAGUUUUUCAGCAACAACUCUAUUAUGUCCAACCCCGUGGCUGGGCUGGUGAUCGGAGUGCUGGUGACUGUCCUUGUGCAGAGUUCCAGCACCUCCUCGUCCAUCAUCGUCAGCAUGGUGGCCUCCUCGUUGCUGACUGUGCGUGCCGCCAUCCCCAUCAUCAUGGGGGCCAACAUUGGGACCUCAGUCACCAACACCAUUGUGGCGCUCAUGCAGGCAGGAGACCGGAGUGAGUUCAGAAGGGCUUUUGCGGGGGCUACUGUCCAUGACUUCUUCAACUGGCUCUCUGUGUUGGUGCUCUUGCCCCUGGAGGCAGCUACCCAUUACCUGGAGAUCCUGACCAACUUGGUGGUAGAGACCUUUAACUUCAAGAAUGGAGAAGAUGCCCCGGCACUUCUGAAAGUUAUCACAGAUCCCUUCACGAAACUCAUUAUCCAGCUGGAUAAGAAAGUUAUCAACCAAAUUGCAAUGAAUGAUGAAGCAGCCAAAAACAAGAGUCUGAUCAAGAUUUGGUGUGAAACUUUUACCAACGUGACUCAGAUGAAUGUCACUGUCCCCUCGCCUGAGAACUGCACCUCCCCUUCCCUUUGUUGGUCGGACGGUUCCUACACCUGGACCAUCAAGAACGUGACCUACAAGGAGAACAUUGCCAAGUGCCAACACAUCUUUGUGAAUUCCAGCCUCCCAGAUGUUGCUGUUGGCAUAAUCCUGCUGUUAGCCUCCCUACUGGUCCUCUGUGGCUGCCUGAUCAUGAUCGUCAAGCUCCUGGGCUCCGUGCUCCGGGGACAGGUAGCCGUUGUCAUCAAGAAGACCCUCAACACUGAUUUUCCCUUUCCUUUUGCCUGGCUGACUGGCUACCUGGCCAUCCUUGUGGGGGCAGGUAUGACCUUCAUCGUGCAGAGCAGCUCUGUGUUCACAUCUGCUAUGACCCCACUGAUUGGUAUUGGUGUGAUCACCAUUGAGAGGGCAUAUCCACUCACGCUCGGCUCCAACAUCGGCACCACCACCACCGCCAUUCUGGCCGCCUUAGCCAGCCCAGGCAAUACUCUCAGGAGCUCACUGCAGAUCGCCCUGUGCCACUUUUUCUUCAACAUCUCGGGCAUCCUGCUGUGGUACCCAAUCCCAUUCACCCGCCUGCCCAUCCGCCUGGCCAAGGGGCUGGGCAACAUCUCCGCCGAGUACCGCUGGUUUGCCAUCUUCUACCUGAUCUUCUUCUUCUUCCUGACCCCGCUGGCCGUGUUCGGCCUCUCGCUGGCGGGCUGGCCGGUGCUGGUGGGCGUGGGGGCGCCCAUCAUCCUCGUGAUCCUCCUGGUGGUGGUCCUCAGGUUCCUGCAGUCCCGCUACCCGCGCAUCCUGCCCAGAAAGCUCCAGAGCUGGGACUUCCUGCCGCUGUGGAUGCACUCGCUGAAGCCCUGGGAUGAACUGAUCUUCCUGCUCACUGGCUGUUGCCAGACGCGCUGCUGCUUCUGCUGCCGGGUCUGCUGCCGCGCCUGCUGCCUGCUGUGCGGCUGCCCGGCCUGCUGCCGCUGCAGCGGGUGCUGCCGGAUCCUGGAGGAGGAGCAGGAUACGCCCAUCAAGGCCCCCAAGGCCUUUGAUAACAUGGCCAUGAGCACAGAGGCCCAGGACGGGGUCCCCAGGUCUCAGGUGGAUGGCCCGGAUACAGACACAGAGGUCACCUCCAGCAGCACAGCCUUGUAGGGGCUUCCCGGAGGUGGGAAGGGGGGCCACCUCCCCCCUGGCUCCGCGGGCCCUUCUCUGCCUGGCCGCACAGUGGCUUCAUCUCAGCCCGCCUCCCUCCCCCCUCCCCACCGCACCCGCCUCCCCCCAAACUGGGCUCCCGCUCGCCGGAACUGGCAGAGCAACCCCAAAAGACGAUGAAAGACAAUGGCUGGAGACGGUCACACUCGCCCACCCCCUGCAACAGCAGGGUGGGUCCACACGACCUACUUUCAGACUCAAACCAUCUUCUUCCAAAGGAAGAGCCUCGAGGGAAGGGAUUGACGGAAGGUUCUCAAAGAUGCCUAUGUUAAGUGUAUGUUAUUGCGGUAAAGCUCAGACAGCUCUCUCUUUUACCAAAGACUUGCUUCAACCAAGAUCAGCGGCCCCCGGGGGUCCUCGGCCCAGACCGGACCCAUGUGGAGGGGGAAAUAGUGUCAUUGUUUGGAGACUUGAAGACCACAGGGGUGGGUCUUUCCCCUUCGCGGAGCUCCCCAAACUCCUUGUUAGAGGGACCUCACCUGGGCAGUUCUGGCCGAUCUGAGCUUCCCUGCUGUGUCCUGUCCGAGUUUUCAGGGCGGGAGCCGCAUCUGAGCUACCGAGAGAGAGGUUCGGGGUGCACUUUGGCCCACCUGUUGGCUCCACCUUUCUGAGAAGAGAGUGUUCUGUUCCUGAGCCGAGCAGUUGGAGGAUGAGCCAGGGAAUGGCGAGACCUGGAGGGGCUGGGGUGGGGAGACGGUUUGGCUGCUAAAAGGACCUAGGGCUCUUCUUGAUUUGGCUACUUUGGAAGCCAAAUUGACAGUUGCGGCCAAAGCCUAGCGCCGCUCUCUUGGUCCGAUAAAAUCAUCCCUGAUGCGUCUUCUGGAGGAGGAUAAGGCGGUCCCUCUGCGUCGCUGAGUCCAUUCAUCCGUCCAAGCCAGAAACGCUUUCCAAAACUUCUCUCACGUUCCCAUAGAUAGGUGAGCUUUGACUUUUCUGCCCUCUCUCCCUGCCUGCGGAGAUCCCCACUUUUCUCAGAGGGCAGAAACCAGUGUGUGGCUGGACUUCCCACAGAACAGUGGUCAUCAAGUAGAAGUAGAGGUCCGUGCGUGGCUGUGGGUCCAAGGGGUGUCCUCUCUCUUGCCACAGAUACCUUCUCUGUGCCUUCCAGAGCGGCCUCUUGUGUUUAUACCGCCUCCUUCCGCUGCUUCUCACCCUGGACAAUCCCAGGCCACCCCGGAGAGGGAGAGAGCUUCAAUGGAGUCUGGGGAAGGGGAUUCAGUGCAGCCACACUCCAAGACCCGGUUCACCCCCGUCUUGGCUUAUCCUUCUCUUAGCAGGUUGGGAUACCAGACUGAGCCCUCCCCUGACCCUUACCCAUGUAGAUACUUGUUCCGAGACAGAACCAUUUAUACUCUAUAUUUAUAGUCGCACAGGUGCACAGCAUUUUUCAUAAGUUAUAUAGGUAGUAGUGUGAUUUGUGUUUUAUAGUGCUCUCAUUGGGAAAUGAGGCCGGGUUCUACUAUGAAAUAUAAAGAAAGAGCACCUUUGUAUAUUUUGUACCGCUGUCUUUUCAACGUGUUUCUGUAGCUGCGCACAUGCCACACCCCCUGUAAAUAUGUAAGUUAAACCUGGGCAGGGCUGUGGCCCUCUUUGCACACCGAUUUUUUUUUUUAAUUGGAUCCUUGUACCAGCCUUGAUUUGUAUUUUUUUUUUUUUACUGGUUGUGGGAAGAGAGCAAUAAAGGAGACAAUCAAACCCCAAA